AUGGUACCAGAGUCCUUCGGGUCUCGGCCCGUCAAAGCCUCAUUCCUAAACAUGAGCUUUCACUAUACAAUAGAGUUUGUGAAGAUGAAGAUUGUGUUGCGGGACGUUUUCCAAAAUGCUGACGAAGACAUGAGUAAUUUUGAGAAUCUGAAGGAGAAUGAACAACAGAUCAAUACCGUUGAGUUGGCUGCUACUCAUACUGAUUGCUGCCUCAGUGCCAAGAGCGUGACCCUCAACCUGCCCCUCCCGCCCACGCCCAACACGCCACGCCCACUCCCUCUGAAGAUCCAGAAGUUCAUCAGCGUGUCCGAGUCCCACUACGACCACGCCCACCACAAGCACCACCCGGAAGAGACGCCCGAGCCACACUUCGCCCCCGUCAACGCCACCAGGAGGGUGUUCUUGGGGGCGACGGCGAAUUUGCAUUGCACGGUGCACGAUCUCGGCAACGAAUCGGUCUCCUGGAUGCGCUGGGAUGGUGACGAACUGCGUCUGCUGACCUGGGACGUGCACACCUACGCGGACGAUGAGAGGUACGCUCUGGUCCACGAGACAGGCGACAGGUGGCAGAGGUGGCAGCUGGUGAUUCGUGACACCCAGGUGAAGGACGGGGGCAAGUACAGGUGCCAAGUAGCGACAGUGCCACCGCUUGUUCUCGACAUCGUCCUCCAGGUCACGGAACCGAGAUGCCGGGUUGUAGACGAACGCGGAGAGGACGUCUUGGAGAAACAUUACAACAGUGGUAGCAUGAUUGAACUCAAGUGCAUCAUCGAUCAGGUGCCGUUCCCUCACCUGCCGGUCACCUGGCGUCGAGGGGACGUCACCCUUGUCUUCAAUAACUCUAGAGGCGGGAUCAGUGUGAAGGGCGACUCAGAGUCAGGAUACCUGGCCAGCCGUCUGUACGUAGCAAAAGCAUCUCCCACGGACUCGGGUCGGUAUGCCUGUUGGUACGGCAACUACACCAGCGCCUCGGUCACCGUCCAUGUUAUAGCAGGGGAGAACUCAGCAGCAAUGCAACAUGACAGCCUGCCGGACUCGAGCACAACAGGUGGAUCGAGUUCACAGAGCCACGUUUCCUCCUUCUGGCUCCUGGCACUGCUGGCACUCUCCACGUCCUUCGUCCUCUCCUGCAGCCCUCCCUCGCAGUGCCACAGUGCCAGGGCUACGGGAGGCAAGGAGAGCCAUCCCCUGUGUAGGCACCGCGUCUAUGUCUCCAGCAGAUAA